AUGCCUAUAGCAAAAGGAAUAAAAAAUAUUCAUGCAUUUAUAACGAUUGGUCUUCGUCCACUGAUACCACUUGGUAUAUUGAUAGCGUAUACAUUAGUUGGUGCAUUCAUAUUUAUGAGCGUGGAAGGUCCUAAUGAACGUCGAGAUAUUGAAUUACACCAACGUGAACAGCGUGAAAUAUAUGAGUUAAUCAAGUAA